CACCCAAAGAUUUUCCUUCCCAUUUUCAACAUCGUUUCAUCAACCAAUCAACGAAAUUCGGUUUUCUAUAAAUAUCAAAACAGUAGAAGAAGACGGGUUAAGAUUUCUCUUUGUUGCAGACAAGCAACAAACUCCGCUAACUGACACUCUUUCGCUCUUACGUCAUCAACCGCUCGUCUUUUUCCACUUCUAACCUAAUUUCUCCUGGAAUAAUCCGCCAUUGACUGUUCUUAAAGCUUCAGAUUGUACUCCUCAUCGGUGCUUGAGAUUACAACCUAAUGAGAGUUGCUUUUACUAGCACCUAGAAAUCAAGUAAGCAAGGGAAGAUAUGAAUAUUUCAUCCAGUUUCCAAAUUCGUGGUUGUCAAGGUACCAGUCAUGGAACAUUAAAGCAAAUGAACUUGCAAUCAAGUUUUGGUUAUAAUUUUCUUGUCACAUCAAGAGUUGUCUCCAAAAAGAAACUGAUCACUUCCAGUAGUCAUGGUUUUAGGCCAAACUAUUCAAUCAGUAUACUUACGUCAUCAAGAGGAAAUUUAAAAACCGGUUGCCAGGGGAACGAUUCACUUGCUUUUGUAAAUGGGAAUGGAAGGGAUGUGGAAUUUAUUGAAGAGAAUUCAAAAGAAGAAACUAGUCACAGUCAAGAGAAAAAGAAGGAUUCAAAGGAUAAAGAUAAGGGAGAAUCAGCAGAAGGGGAAGCCCCUACUUUGGAUGAAUUAAAGGAGUUGUUACAGAAAGCACUUAAAGAAUUGGAAAUAGCCCAACUCAACAGUACAAUGUUUGAAGAUAAAGCUCAAAGGAUAUCAGAAGCAGCAAUAGCACUAAAAGAUGAAGCUUUAAACGCAUGGGAUAAUGUCAACUCAGUGUUACUUUCUAUCGAAGAGAUUGUGAAAGAAGAGGACCCCACUAAAGAAGCCAUCCAAAGAGCCAAAAUGGCCCUUUCUUUAGCUGAGGCUAGACAUCAGGUAGCUCUUGAAUCAUUAGAACUUGCAAAAGAGAAAAUUGAAAGUGAAGAUGAAAAUAAGAGUUUAAUGAGAGAGGAGGAAACUCUAUUGGCUGCUCAGAAGGACAUGAAGGAGUGUCGUGUGAAUUUGGAAAACUGUGAGAAGGCAUUGCUUCGGUUACAGAAUCGAAAGGAUGAGUUGCAAAAAGAAGUUGUUAUGUUGAAUGGACUUGCGGAAAAAGCACAAAAUGAUGCGUUGAAAGCUGAUGAAGAUGUGGCGAAUAUAAUGAUUUUAGCAGAGCAAGCUGUUGCUUUUGAACUCGAGGCUCUGAAACGUGUUAAUGAUGCUGAAAUUGCAUUACAAAAGGCUGAGAAAAUUCUUUCUGUAUCAAUUGCAGACAGUAGUUCGGAAAGUACAUUGCUCUUUUCGGACACAGAGACGGACGAAAAGGAAGGAACUUCGGUUGAGAUAAUUGGUGACAUGGACGGUGAUGUGGCGAUUGAGGGUGCUUUGGGCGAGCAGAUACAAGAUAGUGUAGGUCAAAUGUCUGAAGAGUCUAGAUUUUCUGAUGAGAGUGACCAAGAGACCACUGAAAGUGAUGCAGAAAAGACAAAAACUGGGGUUCAAGCAAAAAAGCCGGAAACACAGAAGGAUUUGACUAAGGAUAGCACACCGUUGCCUUCUCCAAAAGCGUUGUUGAACAAAUCAUCUCGUUUCUUUUCUGCUUCCUUUUUCUCGUUUGCAGGAGAUGGCACUGAGUUUACACCAGCUGCAGUUUUUCAGGGCCUUGGUGAAUCCGCAAAAGAGCUGUUACCUAAACUGGUAGUUGGAUCUUUGCUUCUUGGUGCAAGUUUUGCCCUAUAUGCUAAACAAGAAAAGCGGAUUGGUAAACUAUUUCAACAGCCAGACAUUAUCACCACUACUAUCGAUCAGCAGCCAGACUUUAUCACCAGCACUAUUGAUGAUGUCUCAUCAAAAGCUCAGCCCUUGGUCAGACAGAUAAGAAAAUUACCUGAAAAAGUUAAAAAGCUAAUUGAGUUGCUUCCACACCAAGAGGUAUGUUGUUCCUUGCUCACCUUGUAUUUUAUAAUUUAUAUUUCUUCUCUUUCUAAUCAUAUAUUCAUAUUGCAGAUUAAUGAGGAAGAAGCUUCCCUUUUUGAUGUAUUGUGGUUGUUGCUUGGCAGUGUAAUAUUUGUGCCUAUUUUUCAAAAGCUUCCUGGAGGAAGUCCUGUUCUUGGGUAUCUGACAGCUGGCAUCUUGAUUGGACCUUAUGGUCUCUCGAUUAUACGUAACGUCCAUGCAACAAAAGCAAUAGCUGAAUUUGGAGUUGUUUUCCUGCUUUUCAAUAUCGGUCUUGAGCUGUCUGUUGAAAGACUGAGUUCCAUGAAGAAAUAUGUUUUCGGAUUGGGUUCGGCUCAGGUGUUGGUGACAGCUGUCGUGAUAGGUUUAAUUACACAUUUUGUCUGUGGACAACUAGGACCUGCUGCAAUUGUGAUUGGUAAUGGUUUGGCUUUAUCAUCUACAGCAGUUGUCCUACAGGUGUUGCAAGAGCGUGGGGAAAGCACAUCACGCCAUGGACGAGCCACAUUUUCUGUUUUACUUUUCCAGGAUCUAGCCGUUGUUGUUUUGUUGAUUCUCAUACCUCUUAUUUCACCAAACUCGUCCAAAGGAGGGAUAGGUUUCUUUGCAAUUGCUGAAGCUCUUGGAUUGGCUGCUGUAAAGGCACUUGUUGCUAUCAGUGCCAUUAUUGCUGGAGGACGUUUGCUGCUUCGCCCAAUUUACAAGCAAAUUGCAGAAAUGCAAAAUGCAGAAAUAUUUUCUGCAAAUACUCUUCUGGUUAUUCUGGGUACUAGUCUACUUACUGCUCGUGCUGGGCUUUCAAUGGCACUGGGAGCUUUUCUUGCUGGUUUGUUACUCGCAGAAACUGAAUUCUCUUUGCAAGUUGAAUCAGAUAUUGCUCCAUAUCGUGGCCUUCUGUUGGGUCUCUUUUUCAUGACGGUUGGAAUGUCUAUCGAUCCAAAACUUCUUGUCUCAAACUUUCCUGUUAUUAUGGGGUCACUUGCACUUUUAAUUGCUGGGAAAACCAUUCUGGUGGCUGCAGUUGGUAAACUUUUUGGUGUCUCGUUAAUAUCUGCCAUUAGAGUUGGUCUUUUACUCGCACCUGGUGGAGAAUUUGCCUUUGUUGCGUUUGGUGAAGCCGUCAAUCAGGGUAUAAUGAGUCCUCAGCUAUCAUCUUUGUUGUUUCUUGUGGUGGGGAUUUCAAUGGCCCUGACACCAUGGUUAGCUGCUGGAGGCCAAUUAAUAGCAUCUCGUUUUGAGCAGCAUGAUGUCCGCAGUUUAUUACCUGACGAGAGUGAGACAGAUGACUUGCAGGAUCAUAUCAUUAUAUGUGGGUUCGGACGCGUGGGCCAGAUCAUUGCCCAGCUUCUUUCUGAAAGGCUAAUUCCAUUUGUUGCCCUUGAUGUGAGGAGUGACCGGGUAGCAGUGGGACGUGCACUUGACCUUCCUGUGUAUUUUGGAGAUGCGGGUAGUAGAGAGGUGUUGCAUAAAAUAGGGGCUGAAAGAGCAUGUGCUGCAGCUAUAACUUUAGACUCACCUGGUGCAAAUUACAGAACCGUUUGGGCUCUCAGCAAGUAUUUCCCCAAUGUCAAGACUUUUGUACGCGCUCAUGAUGUUGACCAUGGACUCAACUUGGAAAAGGCUGGGGCCACAGCCGUUGUCCCCGAGACCUUAGAACCAAGUUUACAGUUAGCAUCUGCUGUUCUUGCACAGGCUAAGUUGCCCAUGUCAGAGAUAGCAGCUACUAUCAAUGAGUUUAGAUCGCGUCACUUAUCAGAGCUUACUGAGCUGUCAGAAACAAGUGGAAGUUCUCUUGGUUAUGGGUUCUCAAGGAUCAUGUCAAAACCUUCUACUAAAUCUUCUCCUUCCGAUUCUUCCUCUUCUGACGAUAACCUCAGUGAAGGAACACUCGCAAUAUAAAUCAAGCAAAAAAAAAAAAAGUACAAGAAUGAAUAAAAUGGAAUUUAAAGGGGAGUGGGAAGCAAAUUUAUUGCUCCUCCAGUACAGAUUGUACAUAAAGAUAAUAGCUGACAGUUCAAUUCGUUCCAUUUUUUUGGUUUCCACAUACAUAUACAUGCUCUUUUUGUAUCAUUUCAACAUACUUAGUUUAGUUUCUACAACUGUCA